UCCAACACAUUUUUAAAUACUUAAGUGUACCGUGUAUCAAAUUUUGUUUUUCAUCUUUAAGUUAUUAUAAUUUGUUACAAUUAAAAAUGACUGAAGAAGAAGCUUUAUUUGAUCCUUCUAUUAAGAAGAAAAAGAAAAAGAAGAAGUUUGAUUUAGAUAGUGCUUUAGCUGCUGAAGGUAAUGAUAUUGUAAAUGAACAAACUUUAGAUAAAGAAAACCAGGAUCCAGUAGAUCCAGAAGAAUUUGAUGAUGGAAACCUGGAUCUUGAUAAUUUUGGUAAAAAGAAAAAAAAGAAGAAAAAAAACAUUAUCAAUUUAGAUGAUUUAGAAAAUGCAUUACCAGAUACUUCAUCAGCAAUGGAAAAUGGUGAUGGCCAAGAAGAUGCUAUGGAUGAUGAUUUUGAUUUAGAUAUGGACUUUUCAAAAACGAAAAAAAAAAAAAAAAAAAAGAAAGACAUUGAUGAAUUAGUUAAUGAAGAGACAGAUAAAAAAACUGAUGACAAUACCGAUGGAGAGAGUCAUACAUGGUUUGGCUCUGAUCGAGAUUACACUUAUGAUGAAUUAUUAACUAGAGUAUUUGAAAUUAUGAGAGAAAAAAAUCCAGAUAUGGUUGCUGGUAAAAAACAAAAAUUUGUCAUGCGCCCUCCACAAGUAGUUCGGAUAGGUACCAAAAAAACAUCAUUUGCAAACUUUACAGAAAUAUGCAAAACAUUGCAUCGUCAGCCAAAGCAUUUGUUAGAUUUUUUAUUAGCUGAAUUAGGUACCAGUGGUUCAGUAGAUGGUAAUAGUCAGCUUAUAAUCAAAGGUCGUUUUCAACAAAAACAAAUAGAAAAUGUACUACGAAGAUAUAUUAAAGAAUAUGUUACUUGUCAUACAUGUCGUUCACCUGAAACCAUUUUACAGAAAGAUACUCGUUUGUUUUUCUUGCAGUGUGAAACUUGUGGAUCACGUUGUUCUGUUGCCAGUAUUAAAUCUGGUUUCCAGGCCGUCACUGGAAAACGUGCUGCCAUCAGAGCAAAAACUGCAUGAAUACUAAAAAAUGUCUCUUGGUUUCUUUUUUAGUUCAGCAUAACUCAAUAAAAAUCACUUUUUUACAGUUUUCAA